GUUUCCAUACUCAAAGUUAAUUCUCUUCUUGACUUAUAUCCAUCCAUGUCGUCUCAAAAGCGGUUAUUUGUCAAAGUUGUUAUACUUGGAGAUAGCGGUGUUGGUAAGACAUGUCUCAUGAAUCAGUUUGUAAACCAAAAAUUUAGCCGUGAGUAUAAGGCUACAAUUGGUGCUGAUUUUUUGACAAAAGACGUGAUUAUAGAUGGAAAAACCGUCACCCUUCAGUUAUGGGAUACCGCAGGUCAGGAGCGGUUUCAGAGCUUAGGCAUGGCUUUUUACCGUGGCGCAGACUGUUGUGUAAUAGUGUAUAAUGUGAAUAAUGCAAAAACUUUUGAAUCAGUGGAGAAUUGGAAACAAGAGUUCCUUCUACAGACAUCUCAAGACGAAUCCACCUUCCCAAUUAUAGUUGUGGGUAAUCAGAUAGACAAGGAUCCUUCUAAACGAGCUGUUUCAUUAAAUCGAGCUUUAGCUUAUUGCAAGUCUAAACGAGAAAGUCCGUUACCUCAUUUUGAAACCAGUGCAAAAGAAAACAGCAAUGUUGCGGCGCUUUUUGAACAAGUCAGUCGACAUGCUCUAGAAAACGAGACCAUUCAUGAUGAUUUUGUUAAUGAUUUUUCAGAACCUCUUAUCCUUUCUAAACCUCCUAAUAAUUCUAAUUGUAACUGCUAGUUGCGUUAAUUACACCGGCUGGUGUACUGUUACUCUUCAUUUCUUUUCGUUGCUAUCCUUUCCAGCUAUAAUUUAAGUGAAUUUGUACCGUUAAAGGAUAAGCUGUCAUUUACGUUUGUGUACCAUAUACACUCUUUCUUUCGUUGUCUGUACUUAUGUAGUAAGAUCUCGGUACCUACUUGCUUUAUAGAUUAUCAAUGUUAAAUAAUUUAGAUUUAAUGAAUUUCGUCAAAAAGAAUGCAUAUAAUACAAUGUCAAUAAUAAAAAUCUCUAAUACCCUUCUUCG